AUGUGUCGUAACAACAAAUUGAUAUCCAGAAUUGACAACUCGCCACUAACACGGAUUGUGUUGGUUUUACCAUUGCUAGGUAUCGUCUCUUCAGAAAUCUGUUCAGGGCAAACAAACCAUGUUAUCUCAUCACCACAUUACACCACCGUCAAUAUCGUGAGCCUGGGAAGGUCGAGCUGUACCUGGGUAAUAGAGCAAGUCGACUGCGAUAAUGGCGGGACGGUCGGAGUUCAAGUCUCAUUUUUCGGCGAAUUUUCAAUCACUAUCUAUGACGGCCCUUCAUCACAGUAUCCAGUUAUUGGAAAGUAUAAUCAUUUUAUUCUUGGCUCGGGAAUAGACAAAAGAUCAUCGGGAAGAUUUAUGACUGUACAUUUCACUUUUUCACCACACAGUUAUAACCGAUUUCAUCUACGGUACCGAAAUACACCCAAAGGGUUAUUACCGUCAAGGUCAGGCAGCACAGAAACUGAGAACUCUGUGUCAGACACGUGUGGGGAAAUACUAUUGGUAGCCUACCAGAAACCAAACUUCAUCACAUCUCCUGGAUAUCCAAGAGAAUACGGCAACUCACUGGAUUGUAAGUGGACGGUAAAGUCUGAUGACGUAUGUAAUGAUGACGUCAUACAGAUCACUAUUCACACCCUUGCAUUGGAAGUAAACUAUGACCAUCUUGUCAUUUACGACGGUGAUUCCGAUCUCGAGCGAGUUCUUACGAAGUUAUCCGGACACGGUGAAUCCCAAGUUAUCAUGGCGUCCGGUAAAUCAGUAGUUAUCCAGUUUAAGACGGACGACACGGCGCCAGGGCGAGGCUUCCAUCUAUCCUACAUCCGGACGAAAGCAAGUCCAUCCAUCUCGCCGACUGUAGUGACGAAGGUGUCUAAGGGCGUGGCCGAAAUGUCUGUCGACUUCAUGUCGAGUACACCACACACCGCGGUGGACUGGAGUAGACUUGGACGCCAUAUUCAACAGGAAGACAGAUACACAUUCAGGGUCACUUCGGCUAAGGUUGGCAUUGCGUCGGAACCAGGCGUCGUUGUAGACGGGUUUACAGCCACGAUGGUAAUAACAGACCUACAAUCAAGUGACUUCGGCAACUACAACGUUGGCGUCAGGAACAAGUUUGGUGUCAGUGAACGUUUGAUAUCACUGCGAAGAGGGAGUUCGGCUCCAGAUAUACGAAACUAUACAGUAUUUUCUGAGAAUGCUACUAUCAUGGUGAUGUUUUCUUCGCAUACAAACUUCGAGGUGGAAUGGUACAAAUCACAACACAUACUUAACACCGGAAGUGACGUCGCUAUCGCGACAAAGCUUGUGCAAAGUGAUGAAAAUGGAAAUGAAAACGAGGAUAUAUACAUGGCCAUGUUGAGCCGUGUGGAACCUACAGAACUUGACUACGGGGAAUAUAUGUGUAUCAUAAGGAAUGAUAUCGGGUCAUCGGAAAUCUCCGUUAAUAUGGAUCUUCCCAGAACAGAGCUUCCCAGACUGUUAACAACACCGCUAGCUGUACAAAUGAGUGAUAAAGACAUCAUCUUGACAGUGAAUUUUGACUCCAAUAUCGCAUAUCCAACGGCUACCUGGUACCAUGGUAAUGUUCAACUGGAAAAUGCAACUGACAAAUAUAGACAGGAAAUGACGUGGAAAGGGAUCCUCUCGUCGAAUUGGUUUACAUACGGGUACCCAACACAUCAAAAUCAAAGCGAUGUUGAUCGCAGCUAUGAUUAUCCAUCCAUCGGUAGCACUAGAACGUCGACGGUGCCCAAUGCUAAUUAUACAGCUCUGCUGACUAUAUCCAUGAUAACAUCAGACGACUUUGGACCAUACCGCGUUGUCCUGAGGAAUGACGCGGGGAUAACGCACCACGUCAUUGACGUCACGAUACCGGAAGUUUUCCCUUAUGCUACCUGUGACCAGUCUAAUGCCAUUCAACUCGUGUGCAACGUCACUUCAUGUUCUAUCACGCAGUCGUGGAUUCAUUCAGUAGAUGGAGACGUCAUCAGAAAACUCCCCGGAGAUCAAGAUGGAACAAUCAACACACUUAGUAUUCCGACGUGUAUGUAUUCGGAUGCGGGCACCUACACCUGUGUUGCUAAAGAAGAGGAAACCGGAAAUGACAUAAUCGUUCAUCACAAUAGAACUAAACUAACUGUGAGAGCCGUUCCUCAGAUUCUUGAAUCAACAGUUGACGUCACAAGCACCCGUAUACUCAUAGCCGUACCCUUCUAUUCACUUCCUCCAUAUCGUCGGGUCACGUGGUAUCGAAACGAAAAGCGUAUCAGUUCAUCGGAUAGCAACGUCAUAGAAACGGAACCACAUGACGUCAAUCUGCCCGUACAUUUCAAGACAUUUAGCCGGCCAGGUCACAAGACUUCAAUAAAUGUGUCUUCACCAUCAGCCGAAGAUUAUGGAGUGUAUCAUAUCACAAUCUCAAACGAAAUAGGAAGUUCUGAAUACUUCAUCAAUGUUCAAAAUCCCGAGUAUGCUAACCCUAUCACCUCCAGUGACGUUGGUGUGACGUAUGAUAGAGACUCUGCUCUUUUAAACGUGAAUUUCACCUCCCAUUACCCCAACUUCAGUUUGAAGUGGUACUUCAGGGGUGUGGAGGUCCAGAUAAACCACCCUAUCAACAAGUAUCAGAUACAGACUGAACCAUCCGGAGAUCAUGACGACCCCAAUUCCCUGGUGCGGACCAAACAUUCGAUAUCCUCCAUCUUGACUGUCACGUGUCUUACAGCAGAGGAUUAUGGGAUGUAUGAUGCCAUUUUGUCAAAUGAAGCGGGGCAAGCAGUGAUUCCAGUGAAGUUAAUUGAAAACGGACAAGGUAUUCCUGAAAUAGUUCAGGAUAUGACAACUGACGUCACGAACUCAACGGGACAGAUAUGGGCGACAUUCCAUUCGUUGACAGGUUAUCGACGCAUCAGGUGGUUGAAGGGUAACGAGGAAAUAACUAACGACUCGUUGAAAUAUCACAUCGUCAACAAUGACAUUGACAUUGUGGUCUCGUCCAAUGGAGAAACGGUGGAGAAAACCGGAACCAUAACGAGGCUGAGAGUGACGUCAUUCGAGGACAAGGACUACGGACGCUACACAGUACAGAUUUAUAACGACGUCGGUAUGACUGACAGAUCUGUGACACUGCAUGAAGAAUGUUAGAGACAUCCAAAACAAUCCAAGUGGACGAUCCAGAUUUCAUGCAAUUACAGUCAUGUCAUGAUUGAUAUAUUCAGCGCUUAAUUCCACGUUUUGCGUUUAUCAUUUGACCUAAGCACUUUCUCUUAAAUUGUUUAUAGUUUUUCUACAAAGAUGCCAUAGGUAUAUAUACAAUCAAAGGAAAGUUUUCCGUGUAUCCUAGAGAAUUCGUAAUAAGAUAAACACAGGAUACCUAUAUAACUGGACUGUUGUCACUGUGGUCAAAUAAACACUGGGUACCUAUAUAACUGGACUGUUGUCACUGUUGUCAAAUAAACACUGAAUACCUAUAUAACUGGACUGUUGUCACUGUUGUCAAAUAAACACUGAAUACCUAUAUAACUGGACUGUUGUCACUGUGGUCAAAUAAACACUGAAUACCUAUAUAACUGGACUGUUGUCACUGUUGUCAAAUAAACACUGAAUACCUAUAUAACUGGACUGUUGUCACUGUGGUCAAAUAAACACUGGAUACCUAUAUAACUGGACUGUUGUCACUGUGGUCAAAUAAACACUGGAUACCUAUAUAACUGGACUGUUGUCACUGUGGUCAAAUAAACACUGAAUACCUAUAUAACUGGACUGUUGUCACUGUGGUCAAAUAAACACUGGAUACCUAUAUAACUGGACUGUUGUCACUGUUGUCAAAUAAACACUGAAUACCUAUAUAACUGGACUGUUGUCACUGUGGUCAAAUAAACACUGAAUACCUAUAUAACUGGACUGUUGUCACUGUUGUCAAAUAAACACUGAAUACCUAUAUAACUGGACUGUUGUCACUGUGGUCAAAUAAACACUGAAUACCUAUAUAACUGGACUGUUGUCACUGUGGUCAAAUAAACACUGAAUACCUAUAUAACUGGACUGUUGUCACUGUUGUCAAAUAAACACUGAAUACCUAUAUAACUGGACUGUUGUCACUGUGGUCAAAUAAACACUGAAUACCUAUAUAACUAGACUGUUGUCACUGUGGUCAAAUAAACACUGGAUACCUAUAUAACUGGACUGUUGUCACUGUGGUCAAAUAAACACUGGAUACCUAUAUAACUGGACUGUUGUCACUGUGGUCAAAUAAACACUGAAUACCUAUAUAACUGGACUGUUGUCACUGUGGUCAAAUAAACACUGAAUACCUAUAUAACUAGACUGUUGUCACUGUUGUCAAAUAAACACUGAAUACCUAUAUAACUGGACUGUUGUCACUGUUGUCAAAUAAACACUGAAUACCUAUAUAACUGGACUGUUGUCACUGUGGUCAAAUAAACACUGAAUACCUAUAUAACUGGACUGUUGUCACUGUGGUCAAAUAAACACUGGAUACCUAUAUAACUGGACUGUUGUCACUGUUGUCAAAUAAACACUGAAUACCUAUAUAACUGGACUGUUGUCACUGUGGUCAAAUAAACACUGAAUACCUAUAUAACUGGACUGUUGUCACUGUUGUCAAAUAAACACUGAAUACCUAUAUAACUGGACUGUUGUCACUGUGGUCAAAUAAACACUGAAUACCUAUAUAACUGGACUGUUGUCACUGUGGUCAAAUAAACACUGGAUACCUAUAUAACUAGACUGUUGUCACUGUGGUCAAAUAAA